AUGACAAUAUUAAAAUCGAUUACUAGUUUUACAUUUAAUAUUAAAAAUAAUAAUAAUAAUAAUAAAAUAAAUAAUAUAAAUGUUAAAAAUAAUUUUUCAAAUAAUAUAAUAUCAGAAUCUUCAACAUUGGUACAUUUUAAACUAUGGAGAGGUGGUACAUGGCUUGAUAUUGCAAUGGAUGAUAGAGUUUCCAUAUAUACACUUUGUUAA